UUACUGACUUCGCUCAUCAACUUACAAAAUAUUUAUACCAGUUGAAGAUAAAAUUAAUAUGAAGAUGGCAACAAUUACCAAAAUCUUUUUCAUUUAUUUUCUUUUCCUUUCAAUUACAUUUGCUGCAAGAUCACCAGUACAAGUUGAUGCUGAGAAUGAAGAUUUUAGUUAUAAGGGAAACGCAGAGAAUGGACCAGGUAACUGGGGAAAUAUUAAUCCACAAUGGAGGAUCUGCAAUACUGGAAAAUUGCAAUCACCAGUAGAUCUUGUUAAAGUGGAAGUUGUUAAUUUAGGAAUACUUGAAAAAUUCUAUAAACCAGCUCCUGCUGCUCUUGUGAAUAGAGGACAUGAUAUAAUGGUGAGAUGGGAUGGAGAUGCAGGAUUCUUGAAGAUAAAUGAAACUCAAUAUAAGCUCCAACAAGUUCAUUGGCACACACCUUCCGAACAUACUAUCAAUGGAAAAAGGUUUGAUAUGGAGGCUCAUUUGGUACAUGCAAGCAGUGAUGGAAAGACUGCUGUAAUUGGAAUCCUCUAUACAAUUGGAUUAUUGCCUGAUAUUCUCCAAACCAAACUAGAGAAGGAUUUAAUAGCUCUUGCUGAUAAAGAAGGUGCAGAAAGAGCCAUUGGAAUAGUUGAUCCAAAUAUAAUAAAACUGGAUGGCACAACAUAUUAUAGAUAUAUUGGUUCACUAACUACUCCACCUUGCACUGAAGGUGUUGUUUGGACUAUAGAUGGAAAGGUUAAUAGUGCAACGAGUGGACAAAUAAAACUGCUCCAAAAUGCUGUUGUUAACGGAUUUGAAUCCAAUGCCAGACCAUUUCAGCCAUCAAAUGGACGUCCCAUCAAAUUCAACAAACCUUUGGUUUUUGCUUAAUUAGAUAGUAUUAUUAACCUCCCUGUGUUGUACUAUCGUUCAUUAGUAUACAGUAGGGUUUGCUAUAUAUGAGGUGGCUUUAUUUUAAGAAAAUAAACUUGUUAUUGUCUGUUGUACUACUAGUAGUACACAAUGAUAAACUUGUCUUUAGAGUUUAGA